GCGACGAUGCUGCACGCCCAUGAGAUCCGCGCGAUGGGCGAGAAGCUCUCGACGGCCCGCGAGCAAUGCAUGCUCUCGAGCUACGAGAAGGGUAUCGGUCUCUACCGCGGGGUCCUCGGCCAGCUCAAGCCCGCGAUCAAGCGGCUCUCGCAGAUGAAGGAGCGUCAAGACUGGCUGCAGGUCGAGAGCGAGCUCGAGGCCGAGCUCGCAGGUGUCUUGGACUAUGUGGAUGCGCUGCACGGCCUCAAGCUCGCACCCGGCGCCCGUAACCGGAAGCCACGCGCCAGCACCCCUCCCGACCGACCGUCGUCGGGCGAUCGCUGGCAAGUCGCUGACCACAAGCCGCCGUCCAACGAUGACCCUGAUGUAUGGGCGCCGCCGUCCCCGGACCGUCGACGGGGUGCCCCGGCUGGCGUUCCCAACUGGGCCGACAACAACGCCAAGCGCAACAACCGGUUCAAUGCUGCCGCGGGGCAAAUGGGGCAGCAAGCCGCGCCCGUUGUCCGUGGCAACCCGCCGGCGCGUCUUGCCAAUCGGCCUGCACCAGAAAAGGCGUCCAAGCCGCGUGCUGCACCAGCGCCGGGCGCUAAAAAGCCAGGCGUUCCACCCGCGAGCAAGGAUGCCAAGCCCCCAACAAGCUCGACGCCCAAAAAGCCCGGUGAGAAAGCCAAGUACUCGGAGAUGGCGCGCGAACAAGGCUGGGUCGACGUCGAGCUCAUUGAAGGCAUUGAACGGGACAUUGUCGACAACGGUCCAAAGAUCACGUUCGAUGACAUUGCGGGCCUCGAGCACACCAAGCAGCUUCUCCAAGAAGCUGUCAUGCUGCCGCAAAUCGCACCCCACCUCUUCAAAGAUGGUCGCCUCAAGCCCUGCAACGGUGUCCUCAUGUUUGGUCCGCCAGGCACGGGCAAGACCUUGCUGUCCAAGGCGGUCGCCAAUGUCUGCAACAGCACCUUCUUCAACGUCUCGGCGUCGACGCUCGCGUCCAAAUACCGCGGCGAGUCGGAGAAGAUGGUGCGCAUCCUCUUUGAGAUGGCGCGGUAUUAUUCGCCGGCCAUCAUUUUCAUGGACGAAAUCGACGCGAUCGCCGGUGCGCGCGGCGGCGCCGAAGAGCACGAGUCCAGUCGCCGCGUCAAGACGGAGCUCCUCGUGCAGAUCAACGGCGUCGGGUCGGGCGAGAAGACGGACAUUGAGAACAACCGCGUCAUGGUGCUCGCGGCGACCAAUUUGCCGUGGCAGAUUGACGAGGCCAUGCGCCGGCGCCUCACCAAGCGCGUGUGUACGCGCGUCGGGGCUCGAUCCUUGUACCACAUGCAAUAUAGACAUUCCGCUGCCCGACCUCCAUGGCCGCAAAGCUCUCUUCCAGCUCAACUUGAAAAAGUCGAUGUCGCCGACGACGUCAACUACGACACGCUCGCGACGACGACCGAAGGCUACAGUGGCGACGACAUCUGCGGCGUCUGCGAGACCGCCAAGAUGUUUCCCGUCAAGCGCCUGUAUACACCCGAGUACCUCGUCCAAUUGCAAGCCAAGCGCAACGAAGGCGCGGGCGACGACGAGAUCAAGGCCAUGGAGAAAAACGGGCUCGUGGUCACCAUGAACGAUAUUCUCAUGGCGCUCGAGAACGUCUCCAAGUCGGUGGGCCAAGACCAGCUUGUGCGCUUUCAAAAGUGGGAGGAAGAGUUCGGCUCCAAGUAG